CUGGCGAGCCCCCGCUCUUCUCCCGGCCCUCCACCCCCAAGACCUCGCGGGCAGUGAGCCCAGCGACCUCCCAGUCACCCCCUUCAAGCAUCGCGAGCAGGUCCGGGGACAAGCCCGGGAGGACCCGGAGCCGUGGGCCGGUGGGCAGGACAGAGACGGGGGAAGGCCCGCAGCAGGAAGUUAGGCGGCGGGACCAGUUCCCUCUGACCCGGGGCAGAGCCAUCCAAGAGUGCAGGACCCCCGUGCCACCCCCUACCGCUGAUCCUCCUGAGGCCAGGACAAAAGCCCCUUCAGGUCGGAAGCGGGAGCCCCCAGCGCAGGCCGUGCGCUUCCUUCCCUGGGCCACGCCGGGCCUGGAGGGAGCUGCUGUGCCCCAAACCUUGGAGAAGAAUAGGGCGGGGCCUGAAGCGGAAAAGAGGCUGCGCCGAGGGCCGGAGGAGGAUGGCCCCUGGGGACCCUGGGACCGCAGAGGGGCCCGCAACCAAGGCAAAGGUCGCCGGGUCCGGCCCACCUCUCCUGAACUCGAGUCCUCAGAUGACUCCUAUGUAUCCGCUGGAGAAGAGCCCCUGGAGGCCCCGGUGUUUGAGAUCUCCCUGCAGAACAUGGUGGUGGCACCAGGGGCUGAUGUGCUACUCAAGUGCAUCAUCACUGCCAACCCCCCGCCUCAAGUGUCAUGGCACAAGGAUGGGUCGGUGCUCCGCAGUGAGGGCCGACUGCUCCUCCGCUCUGAGGGUGAGCGCCACACCCUGCUGCUCAGGGAGGCCCAGGCAGCUGAUGCAGGAAGCUACAUGGCCACCGCCACCAACGAGCUGGGCCAGGCCAGCUGUGCUGCCUCACUGGCUGUGAGACCUGGUGGGUCCACAUCCCCUUUCAGCAGCCCCAUCACCUCCGAUGAGGAGUACCUGAGCCCCCCGGAGGAGUUCCCGGAACCUGGGGAGACCUGGCCCCGAACCCCUACCAUGAAGCUCAGUCCCAGCCAGAACCGCCAUUCUUCUGACACUGGCUCCAAGGCGCCCCCCACCUUUAAGGUCUCACUUAUGGAUCAAUCAGUGAGAGAAGGCCAAGAUGUCAUCAUGAGCAUUCGUGUGCAGGGGGAGCCCAAACCUGUGGUCUCCUGGCUGAGAAAUCGCCAGCCCGUGCGUCCAGAUCAGCGGCGCUUCGCAGAGGAGGCGGAGGGUGGAUUGUGCCAGCUUCGGAUCCUGGCAGCUGAGCGUGGCGAUGCUGGCUUCUACACCUGCAAAGCAGUCAAUGAAUAUGGCGCUCGGCAGUGUGAGGCCCGCCUGGAGGUCCGAGCACACCCUGAAAGCCGGUCCCUGGCCGUGCUGGCCCCCCUGCAGGAUGUGGACGUGGGGGCCGGGGAGAUGGCGCUGUUUGAGUGCCUGGUGGCAGGUCCUGCCGACGUGGAGGUGGACUGGCUGUGCCGUGGCCGCCUGUUGCAGCCAGCGCUGUUCAAAUGCAAGAUGCAUUUUGAUGGCUGCAAAUGCAAGCUGUUGCUCACCUCUGUGCAUGAGGACGACAGUGGUGUCUACACCUGUAAGCUCAGCACGGCCAAAGAGGAACUGACCUGCAGUGCCCGGCUGACUGUGCGGCCCUCAUUGGCGCCCCUCUUCACCCGGCUGCUGGAAGAUGUGGAGGUGCUAGAGGGUCGUGCUGCCCGCCUGGACUGCAAGAUCAGCGGCACCCCACCACCCUCUGUUUCCUGGACUCAUUUUGGCCACCAGGUGGAGGAGAGUGACAACCUGCGGCUGCGGCAGGACGGGGGUCUGCACUCCCUGCACAUUGCCCACGUGAACAGUGAGGACGAGGGGCUCUAUGCGGUCAGUGCCACCAACACCCAUGGCCAGGCCCACUGCUCUGCACAGCUGUACGUGGAGGAGCCAAGGACAGCUGCCUCGGGGCCCAGCUCAAAGCUGGAGAAGAUGCCAUCCAUCCCCGAGGAGCCAGAACAGGGUGAGCUGGAACGGCUGUCCAUUCCUGACUUCUUGCGGCCACUGCAGGACCUGGAGGUGGGACUGGCUAAGGAGGCUAUGCUGGAGUGCCAGGUGACUGGCCUGCCCUACCCUACCAUCAGUUGGUUCCACAACGGCCACCGCAUCCAGAGCAGUGAUGACCGGCGCAUGACACAGUACAGGGAUGUACAUCGCCUAGUGUUCCCUUCCGUGGGGCCUCAGCAUGCGGGGGUCUACAAGAGUGUCAUCGCCAACAAGCUGGGCAAAGCUGCCUGUUAUGCCCACCUCUAUGUCACAGAUGUGGUUCCAGGGCCUCCAGAUGGUGCUCCGCAGGUGGUGGCUGUGACGGGGAGGAUGGUCACACUCACAUGGAACCCCCCCAGGAGUCUGGACAUGGCCAUCGACCCAGACUCCCUGUCGUACACGGUGCAGCACCAGGUGCUGGGCUCUGACCAGUGGACACCGCUGGCCACGGGUCUGCGGGAGCCCGGGUGGGCAGCCAUGGGGCUGCGAAAGGGGCUCCAGCAUGUCUUCCGGGUCCUCAGCACCAGUGGCAAGAGCAGCAGCAAGCCCUCACCCGCUUCCGAGCCCGUACAGCUGCUGGAGCGAGGCCCACCCCUGGAGGAGGCCCCUGCCGUGUUGGACAAACCAGAUGUUGUAUAUGUGGUAGAGGGACAGCCAACCAGUGUCACUGUCACCUUCAACCACGUGGAGGCCCAGGUCGUCUGGAGGAGCUGCCGAGGGGCCCUCCUGGAGGAACGGGCAGGUGUGUAUGAACUGAGCCAGCCAGAUGAUGACCAGUACUGCCUUCGGAUCUGCCGGGUGAGCCACCGGGAUGUGGGGCCCCUCACCUGCUCGGCCCGGAAUCGCCACGGCACACAGGCCUGCUCAGUCACACUAGAGCUGGCAGAGGCUCCGAGAUUUGAGACAAUCAUGGAGGAUGUGGAGGUGGGGGCUGGGGAGACUGCUCGCUUCGCUGUGGUGGUUGAGGGGAAACCAGUGCCGGACAUCAUGUGGUACAAGGAUGAGGUGCUGCUUGCUGAGAGCAGUCAUGUCAGCUUCGUGUAUGAGGAGAACGAGUGCUCCUUGGUGGUGCUCAGCACAGGGGUGCAGGAUGGAGGCGUCUACACCUGCAUGGCCCAGAACCCAGCAGGCGAAGUCUCCUGCAAAGCAGAGUUGGCUGUGCAUUCAGCUCAGACAGCUAUGGAGGUCGAGGGGGUUGGUGAAGACGAGGAGCAUCGAGGAAGGAGACUCAGUGACUUUUAUGACAUCCAUCAGGAGAUCGGCAGAGGUGCCUUCUCCUACCUGCGGCGUGUGGUGGAACGCAGCUCUGGCCUGGAGUUUGCGGCCAAGUUCAUCCCCAGCCAGGCCAAGCCCAAGGCAUCAGCAAGGCGGGAGGCCCGGCUAUUGGCCAGGCUUCAGCAUGACUGUGUCCUCUACUUCCAUGAGGCCUUUGAGAGGCGCCGCGGACUGGUCAUUGUCACCGAGCUCUGCACAGAGGAGCUGCUGGAGCGAAUGGCCAGGAAACCCACCGUGUGUGAGUCUGAGAUCCGGGCCUAUAUGCGGCAGGUGCUAGAAGGAAUAUGCUACCUGCACCAGAACCAUGUGCUGCACCUAGAUGUCAAGCCUGAGAACCUGCUAGUAUGGGACGGCGCAGCGGGUGAAGAGCAGGUUCGCAUCUGUGACUUCGGAAACGCCCAGGAGCUGAUCCCAGGGGAGCCCCAGUACUGUCAGUAUGGAACACCUGAGUUUGUGGCACCAGAGGUUGUCAACCAGAGCCCCGUGUCUGGAGUCACUGACAUCUGGCCUGUGGGUGUCAUUGCUUUCCUCUGCCUGACGGGAAUCUCCCCAUUUGUUGGGGAAAAUGAUCGGACAACAUUGAUGAAUAUCCGGAACUACAAUGUGGCCUUCGAGGAGACCACGUUCCUGAGCCUGAGCAGAGAGGCUCGGGGCUUCCUCAUCAAAGUGCUGGUGCAGGACCGGCUGAGACCUACUGCAGAGGAGACUCUAGAACAUCCUUGGUUCAAAACACAAGCAAAGGGCGCAGAGGUGAGCACAGAUCACCUGAAGCUCUUCCUGUCCCGGCGGAGGUGGCAGCGCUCUCAGAUCAGCUACAAAUGCCACCUGGUGCUGCGUCCCAUCCCAGAGCUUCUGCGGGCACCCUCGGAGAGGGUGUGGGUGGCCAUGCCCAGAAGACCACCUCUAAGUGGGGGCCUUUCAUCCUCCUCUGACUCUGAAGAGGAAGAGCUGGAGGAGCUGCCCUCUGUGCCCCGCCCCCUGCAGCCCGAGUUCUCAGGCUCUAGGGUAUCCCUCACCGACAUUCCCACUGAGGAGGAGGCCCUGGGGACCCGGGAGACCGGGACUGCCACCCCCAUGGACUGGCAAGAGCAGGGAAGAGCUCCCUCUCAGGACCAGGAAGCCCUCAGCCCUCAGGCCCUCCCCUCUCCAGGCCAGGAGUCCCCGGCUGGGCCCAGCCCCAGGCGAGGAGAGCUCCGCAGGGGCAGCUCCGCGGAGAGCAGCCUGGGGGGCCGUACUCGGGACCCCCGGAUGGCUCGGGCUGCCUCCAGCGAAGCAGCGCCCCAUCACCAGCCCCCACCCGAGGCACGAGGUCUGCAAAAAAGCAGCAGCUUUUCCCAGGGUGAGGCGGAGCCCCGGGGUCGGCACCGCCGCGCGGGGGCGCCCCUCGAAAUUCCCAUAGCCAGGCUUGGGGCCCGCAGGCUCCAGGAGUCUCCCUCCCUCUCUGCCCUGAGCGAGGGCCAGCCGCCUAGCCCUGCACGAGCCAGCACCCCCAAAUCCAGUAUCCCUAAGCCUGCAGAACCAUCGGUUGCCACCACGCCUAGCGAACCUCCCCAACCCUCGGAACCCCAGCCUGCCCCAGCUAAGGCCCAGGAGUCCACACCAGAACCAGUUCGAGCCGCCAAGCCGGCACACACCCCCGUAGUUCCACAGACCCUGGCGCUGCCCCUCACACCCUAUGCCCAGAUCAUGCAGUCUCUCCAUCUGGUGGGUCACAUCCAGCCCCCGCAGGGCCCAGCAGCACCGGUGUCAGAACCUCAGCCCCAUGCCGCCGUGUUUGCCAGGGUGGCCUCCCCAACUCCAGGAGGUCCUGAGAAGCGCGUGCCUUCACCCAAGGCUCCCCCAGUGGUAGCUGAGAAAGUCCGGAUCCCCACCGUCCCACCCAGGCCAGGGAGCAGCCUGGGCAGCAGCAUCGAAAACCUGGAGUCUGAGGCUGUGUUCGAGGCCAAGUUCAAGCGCAGCCGCGAGUCGCCCUUGUCCCGGGGACUCCGGCUGCUCAGUCGCUCUCGCUCUGAGGAGCGCGGCCCCUUUCGUGGAGCCGAGGACGAGGACGGUAUCUACCGGCCCAGCCCGGCGGGAACCCCGCUGGAGCUGGUGCACCGGCCCGAGCGCUCCUCCACGUUGGAGCGGCUGUCCAGCCGGCUGCAGCGCACUGGCAGCAGUGAGGACUCUGGGGGUGGCUCGGGUCGUAGUACGCCGCUCUUCGGACGGCUGCGAAGGGCCACGUCGGAGGGCGAGAGCUUACGACGCCUGGGCAUUCCGCACAACCAGUUGGCUUCUCAGGCCGGUGCAGCCACUCCUUCCGCGGAGUCUCUGGGCUCUGAGGCCAGCGCUACCUCUGGGUCCUCAGCUGCAGGGGAAAGCCGAAGCCGGCUCCGCUGGGGCUUCUCGCGCCUGCGGAAGGACAAGGGCUUAUCUCAACCAAACCUCUCUGCCAGUGUCCAAGAGGACUUGGGUCACCAGUAUGUGCCCAGUGAGUCAGACUUCCCUCCAGUCUUCCAUAUCAAACUCAAGGACCAGGUGCUGUUGGAGGGGGAGGCAGCCACCCUGCUCUGCCUGCCCGCAGCCUGCCCUGCACCCCGCAUCUCCUGGAUGAAAGACAAGCAGUCCCUGCGAUCAGAGCCUUCGGUGGUCAUCGUGUCCUGCAAAGACGGACGGCAGCUGCUGAGUAUACCCCGGGCGGGAAAGCGGCACGCUGGGCUCUAUGAGUGUUCAGCCACCAACAUCCUUGGCAGCAUCACGAGCUCCUGCACCGUGGCCGUGGCCCGUGUUCCAGGAAAGCUAGCUCCUCCUGAGGUGCCCCAGACCUACCAGGAUACUGCACUGGUGUUGUGGAAGCCAGGAGACAGCCGGGCACCUUGCACAUAUACACUGGAGCGGCGGGUGGAUGGGGAGUCUGCCUGGCACCCGGUGAGCUCAGGCAUCCCUGACUGUUACUACAACGUGAUGGACCUGCCUGUUGGUGUGACUGUGAGGUUCCGUGUGGCGUGUGUCAACCGUGCUGGGCAGGGGCCCUUCAGCAAUCCUUCUGAGAAGGUCUUUGUCAGGGGCAUCCAAGAGUCUUCAGCCCGGCCAUCUGCUGCUUACAAAGAUGCCCCUGUUACCUCAGGGCCAGCCAGGGCACCGCCUGGCUCUCCUACCUCACUGGCCUCGAUCCCAACUCCUACUUCUCCAGCCCCCCAGUCAGCCGCUCUCAGCCCUUCAUCUCCCCCAACAGUCCCUAGCCAGGCCUUGUCCUCACUUAAGGCUGUAGGUCCAGCACCCCAAACACCCCCACGAAAGCACAGGGGUCUUCAGGCUGCUCAGCAAGCACAGCCCACCCCACCCAGUGCCCAGGUCACCCUGAGACAGCCCAAGUCUUUCACUUCUGACACUGGGACCCCAACCCCAGCCUCCACCCCUCAAGGAGUUAAACCAGCUUCUUCUACUCCCCUGUACAUGGUGACUUCCUUUGUGUCUGCACCCCCAGUCCCUGAACCCCCAGCCCCUGAGCCCCCUCCUGAGCCCACCAAGGUGAUAGUGCGAAGCCUCAGCCCUGCCAAGGAGAAGGUCAGCUCCCCCGUGCCUGAGGACACCACUCUUCGCCAGGGCCUCCCUCAGAAACCCUACACCUUCCUGGAAGAGAAGGCCAGGGGCCGCUUUGGUGUUGUGCGAGCGUGCAGGGAGAAUGCCACAGGCCGAACAUUUGUGGCCAAGAUUGUGCCCUACGCAGCUGAGGGCAAGCGGCGCGUCCUGCAGGAGUAUGAAGUGUUGCGGUCACUGCACCACGAGCGGCUCAUGUCCCUGCACGAGGCCUACAUCACCCCACGGUACCUUGUGCUCAUCGCUGAGAGCUGCGGCAACCGGGAACUCCUCUGUGGGCUCAGUGACAGAUUUCGGUAUUCCGAAGACGAUGUGGCCACUUACGUGGUGCAACUGCUCCAAGGCCUGGACUACCUCCAUGGCCACCAUGUGCUCCACCUGGACAUCAAGCCAGAUAACUUGCUUCUGGGCCCUGACAACGCCCUCAAGAUUGUGGACUUUGGCAGUGCUCAGCCCUACAACCCCCAGGCUCUGCGGCCUCUUGGCCACCGCACAGGCACCCUGGAGUUCAUGGCUCCUGAGAUGGUGAAGGGAGAACCCAUCGGCUCUGCUACCGACAUCUGGGGCGCAGGUGUGCUCACCUACAUCAUGCUCAGUGGACACUCUCCAUUCUAUGAGCCAGACCCCCAGGAAACAGAGGCUCGGAUUGUGGGGGGCCGCUUUGAUGCCUUCCAGCUGUACCCCAACACAUCCCAGAGUGCCACCCUCUUCUUGCGAAAGGUCCUCUCAGUACAUCCCUGGAGCCGGCCAUCCCUGCAGGACUGCCUUGCCCAUCCGUGGCUGCAGGAUGCCUACCUGAUGAAGCUACGUCGCCAGACACUCACCUUCACUACCAACCGGCUUAAGGAGUUCCUGGGCGAGCAGCAGCGGCGCAGGGCUGAGGCUGCCACCCGCCACAAGGUGCUGCUCCGCUCCUACCCAGGCAGCCCUUAAGAGGCAUGGACCACACCCGGCAUCUUCAGGCUCAGACUCAGUUCCCACUGAUGCCGCGGGACAUUCCAGGGCCCAUGCUGAGCCGGGUGGGCCUGGGGCUUCGGACACCACCAGCAGCAACAUCUGGCCAGGCUAUUACCUCAUGGACCUGAAGGGACAGAGGCCCGGGGGCAUCGGCCUGAUGCUACCCCUGGCCAGAGCCAGAGCAGGAGACCCUUGGCUAGGCUGGGCAGGGGUGGAAACAGGAUGAGGGGCAACAAGGGAAUGGAGGAAGUGAAGAGGAAGGAAAAGUUGCCAAGGGAUAGGGAGGGGAGACUUUAGGAAAGUUCUAGGGGGUAGGGGGGCACAGUGCAUCUCAGGGAGAAUCCAGGAGGGUGAGUGGCUGGAGAGGAGGAAGAGGAAGGAGCUCAGGGUGGCAGGGCCAUAGUCUGGCAAUGUAUUAGUGAGGCAGGGACAGGACACAGAAAAAGUGCCAGGGAGGGAGCCAGGAUCUAAGCGAGAGUGGCAAGGUGGAGAGAGGAGAGCAGGUGCAGCGGGAGUGGGGUGGGCCAGAGGCAAGCUAGUGAGCCCUCGAGCUGGAUCUCCUCCUGUGCCAACAAUGCAUCUCUGGGCACUCCACGGUGGCCCAGGGAUGUCCCCACCACCCCUCCAUGGCCUUUACCCUUAUUCCUAUUCAUAUUUAUUUAUUUAUUGCCUCUUAUGAAGUUUUCCCUUCCAUCCAAUCCCUAUUGCCCAUGUUGUCCUGACCCCCACCCCAGCCAUCCAGCUGUCUGUGCAACUCUCUGUCUGUCUGUCACAAGGAAAAUAAAACCGGCAAGCAGCAGAAUCUAUGUGUGGUCUUUGGGGAGGGCUGGGGGCAGGGAGUGAUCCCUGGGAUGGGGCAUUUGGCCUUCUCUGGCCCAGUGAAGACAUAUUUGAGGAUAUACUGGCUAGCACAUAGGGAUUUCCCAUCCCUCCCUUGGCUCUUGGGACCCCUCACCCCUCCUUAUUCUCAGAGGAAGGGGGGCUGCAGUUUGCUCCUUGCCCCGAAUGCUGGCAGACCCACUGAG